AUGCAAAAAAAUUAUGAAAUUUCAAAUGCAAAAAAGAAGAAAAACUUAAAAGACAAUAAUAAUAUCUCUAACACAAAUUUAUUAGAAGUAGUAUCAACUUUAAGAAAUCUAGCUUAUAAAUUAUACUGGAAUAA